AAACACCGUAAGAUAUUUCGCCGUAGGCUAUAGUUUGGCGUAGCGUGACUGCGCAAGUUGGGUUACACCCUGUCUAUACUCUGUCUACAGCACAGAUAUCUGUACGUUAACUUGUUUACUCCUGCAGACCAGUUUUGACUCAAGCAGCCAACAAACGUGUUACAAUUCACUACGGGCAAUCAAGCAAGAACAAUGUUUUCUACGUUGUUGUCAGAAGUCUCCAUCCGCACAAUCGCGGUGUUUUUGGUCGUCUUCCUCACCCUUCUCUUCUUCUUCAAACGACGUAAGAACCUCCCACCGUCACCGAGUGGGAGCUGGCCUGUUGUCGGCCACCUGUUGUCCCUCGGCCGAGCGCCCCACCUGAAGCUUACGGAGUGGAGGAAACGGUAUGGCGACGUGUACACUGUUCGAAUGGGGAUGGAAGACGUGGUGGUUCUGAACGGCUGCCGGGCCAUCAAAGAGGCGCUUGUGGACUACAAGGAUGCUUUCUCUAGCAGGCCAAGCGUGUAUGUGCUGAAUCUGAUUUCUGGGUUUGGAAAAAACAUCGGCGUCUCAAAAUUCAACCAAGCCUACAAAGAAAAACGCAAGUUUGCCUACAGUGCGCUGAGAAACCUGGGAAUAAAAAUGGGACCGGGCAGUAUGGAAGAGAGCAUCAGAGAAGAGGGUCGUCAGCUCUGUCUAAAGUUGUCGGAACAAGGGGACGCACGUCCACGUGACAUCACCGACAACCUGACUGUGUCAGUCGCCAACAUCAUCUGCUCCAUGGUGUUCGGGAAACGUUACGACUAUGAUGACGUCACGUUUGUGGAACUGACCAAAAGCAUAAACAAACUGGUCGCCCAACUUGGAUCGAGUCAGCUGAUGGCCGUAUUUCCAUUUCUGCGAUUCAUACCGGGAGUUAAUUCAUCAAACAGGGUUCUUGUCGAAUGCCUAAACGAGGUCCAGGCAUACCUUCGACAUGAAAUUACAAAGCAUCGCGAGAACCUGGAUAACGAGAAUCCACGAGACUUCAUCGACCUCCUCCUCACCGAACUACAGACCCAAGAGAAGACAGACUGCUUAACAGAGGAGAACAUUAUGUUUAUAAUCCAAGACCUGUUUACUGCUGGAGUCGGGACAACAGUCACCACCUUGCGAUGGGGUCUUCUGUACAUGGUACUGUGUCCAGAGGAGCAGCAGAAGGUCCAAGCUGAGCUGGACAGUAUCCUGGGAACAGACCAUGACGUGCCCACCCUGGCCCACAGGUCCCAGCUCCCGUAUACCGAGGCUACUAUCAUGGAAAUCCUGCGAAUCAGGUCCAUCGUUCCCCUUACGCCUCACGCUCCAAACGAGGACACGACUUUCCGAGGCUAUGACAUCCCAUCGGGAACGCAGGUUCUUCCCAUCCUGUGGUCAGCUCAUAUGGACCCGGAGUUCUGGCCGGACCCAGAGAAGUUUAACCCCUGUAGAUUCCUGGACGCUGACGGCAAGGUGGUUACCAGGCCGGAAUCGUUCAUGCCCUUUUCUACAGGUCGCCGUGCCUGCCUUGGCAAGCAGCUGGCUAAGAUGGAGCUCUUUCUGCUCUUUUCUUCCCUCCUGAAACACUUCACCUUCAAGUUGCCAGAGGGCGCCGCUGCACCUUCAACAGAUGGCUGCCUGGGUUUAACUUUGGCCCCACCAAUAGUGAAUAUGUGUAUAAUUCAGCGCUAG